UGCGUCUUGAAUCAUGUUAGUAUGUUUGUUGGUGCACUUCAAAGAUGAUCAUAACUUGUAAGUUUCUCUCGAUACUCCCAAGUUUAAUUUCAGAGAUGUCUGUUUGUGUACCAACUGCAAAACAUGCAAAAUACUUCGAAAAAAAAGUACGGAAUAGAUUUUAGAGGAAAGUAGGAAGCUGUAACGGACAUAUUGGACCCAGCCAGCCCGGAAAUAACAUUUGGGGCCAUUCCACGUACGGCCUGCCAUGCCGACGCCCACCACAACUAACCAGGCCAGGCCUUCCCGAUGGGCCGUGCCAAGCGCGGAAGCCAAACCGCUUCACCACUGCGACCAUGGCCCCCCGCCUCGUUCUGCGGCCUGCCGCCUGCUGCCGUGCCAUCUGCCAUCCCAACCACGCUGCCGCCUGCCGGCGCGCGCGCACUCAGGCGAGCAGCGAGCUCCAACCCCUUUGCUCGCCCACACCUUCUCGCGGCCCGAUCCGGAGGGGGCCGGAAAGAGGUGAGGACCGGAGGAGAGCCCCCCCGACCUCCGCAUUAGCGGCCGCCGCCGUCACGGGCGGGACUGGUGAAGAAUUAUUAAGACUGGCAUCUGCUGUUCGAGGAACUGUUUGGCUCAUAUCAGAACUCCGCUAUAUCAAAUCUAUUAGGUCCAACUUGAUCCUAUUCCAAUUGGAGGUCAUCCUCAUGGUGAACGUGGUAGAGAAUUCAUUCUCUAAGAUCUGAUCCUUUAUUGAGUUUGGGUUUUUGACAAAGGGAAUCAAACUGAUUCCUCAAAAGCUACCUGGUAGUCAGCUUUCAGUUUCAGGUAUUUGGGCAACUUGUUCUAUUUCUAUUUUCUACUGAACAUAGAUGGAGUUUCAGGGGAAGCCUUGCGUGCUAUGGCUGUGGAGACAGAUUGUGCAUGUUGCCAGUGACUUUUAGUCAUUUGCUUCAAGUUUCUGCACUGAUCUAACAGAAUGGAUAUCUGGAAGAGUAGUCUCCUAAUGCCCUGGCACUUGGGUUCACUCACUGAAUCAUUAGGUAUGCAUGACAGAUAACCAGAGCAGUGCACCAGAAAUAUUCACCUUACUCUGCCAGAAACUCAGCAUAUUCAGGUGAUCUGGACUUCUUCUGGUUGGCACUAUGACGUUUUGAUCGCUUUGUGUUGCUCUGUAAGGACAACAUCACGCAAGUAUGUGCUUUAGGUGAUGGUACCUUUAGUGAAACCCUGGGAAUCUUUGCAGUAAAACCAUAAUAACAUUGAAUGGUGGCACUUUAACCCAACCGGGAGGAAGCUCACAGCUCUGAUGGUCACAUGGGAAGGACACCCUUAUUGUUUAUGGCCAAAUUCUGUGAUUUUGAAAGUUCAGAGGUGUCAAAGCAGCAACCACUUGGAGAUCAAAGUCUAUCUGUAAGUUUGGUGAAUUGCUUUGGUCCAGCUUAGAUAUACUUGUACAUCAGUGUCUGGUUAGUUCCCAGGCCAAUGGUCAGCUCUGCAAUUUGCUCACCAGUCGCCUAGUGGCACCAGUCUGGCACCUUCCCAAUUAGCGUUGGGCGAGGUACAUCAGCAUUUCUAUGCAAGAUUGCUAUCGUUGUGCUGCAUCCACUGUGUCAUCCUGGUUAGUGGCGCCAGAUAUCAGAGUAUAAGCAUCUACUAUGCGUAUAAUCUGAUGGCAUCAGAAGACUUGUAUCUGCACGCGCGUACCACUCCACACAUGGCCAACCAAAUUGGCCGGCUCUCCUUGAUGGUGGCCGUUGAAGCAUUGUUGUCAACAGUUGGUCCUAGCUUCACUUGUUGGGUAGGUGCUGCCUUGAAAGGUUAAUGGAGCGCACCAUGUAGCUAGCUUUGUACAACCACACAAGGCCAGGGAUUAUGGAGGGCCCAACAGUUGGCAAAGGUUAACAUGUCGAGCCAAUGACAGCUCCCGUCUCGGACAAGAACAAUCUUGGAGGUUUGCUGCAACAGAAAUGGUCCUCCCAGGGGCACAGCCUAAAGCCAGUGCGGUACAGACAGUCUUUUUCUCCCAAGAAAGAAGCUUCCUUUUCCUCUAAUAACGCCAGCCUAAUCCUCUGUUAACCCCGCGCAGCCCGGGUGAGAGGACGAGGUUGGAGGAAGGACAGGGAGGGAGGAGGGAAUCUGGCUGGGCUCUGAUUCGCUGGGAAGCUGUUCACAGUUCCUUCAGGCGCAAGCUCUAAUUAUUCGGCGAGCUUAGGAGUCACGUCUCGGCAUGUGAUUCGGUAUCGGGGGUACGCCGAGGCUCAUGGCUAACCCCUGGACUGGAGAGAGCGUGGUCCAGCGGCACACAAGCUAUAUGUGCUAGAUUUGCGAUUUCAUCUUAGCAAUCAUGGAUGGUUCUGCUUGAUUAGUUACUUGCAAGCCUGAAGAGGACAAAGCCACCCAAGGUGGGGAGGGGCAAAAGAAAAAAGAAGAGAUGCUUAGAUGGUCUCCAGCAACACGGGACCGUGCGUGUUUGGCUGGACCAUCAUGGCCGUGGAUCGCCGAGGCUCGCCGGCACGCAGUAGGUGCUGCAUGCGCCGGUGGACCAUGGUCUAGUCGCCAUUCUCUCCGGCCGGCCCGGUGUGUGCAGAUUAAAAAAAAUGUGCCGUUUUAUGACGUGGCGUGGUCAGUGAAGAGGCGAAGUUGCUACUGAUUUGUGCUGUUAGGAUCCGCGGUUAAUUAAACUACGGUAUGAAAAAAUUGCUACAGAAACUGGUUGCCAGCGUUGCUUUCACUAGGUCAAUGUAAACAUACAUGUUUGCUUGUACUACUAGAUGAAC